AGAAUGUGAAACAAAAAAUUAGAGAGAAGUAGACACAGACCUUGACAAAACAGCGAAGAUGUCUCAGUGCUUGAGAACCUUAAACCCUCCAAAACCCCUUCUCAAUAACACCAAUCUCUCAAUGCCCAAUUCGACUCUCCCUUCGUUCUCUUCCUUUGAACCAAAAUUAAAGAGAUACCCGAGGAUCUCUGGAUUGUCUGCACAGAAUCAAACCCAGAAACAAAAAUUGUCACUUGAUGCUCUGAUCAACAGUAGCCGCAAGGAGGAGCUCCUUGGGGCCAUUAAAGGCUCAUUAUCUAAUUGUCUAUCGGAGACAAAUCUUCAUUUGACGGUUCCCGGUCUCAAAUCUAAAACCAGAGGCAAGGUGAGAGAUAUUUAUGAUGGAGGGGAUUAUCUUAUUUUGGUCACAACUGAUCGGCAGAGUGCUUUUGAUAGAAUUCUCGCUUCUAUUCCCUUCAAGGGCCAGGUUCUAAACGAAACGAGCCUGUGGUGGUUCAAUAGAACUCAACACAUAACUCAGAAUGCAGUUGUGUCUGCUCCUGAUAAAAAUGUUACGAUUGCAAAGAAAUGCUCAGUUUUUCCUGUUGAAUUUGUUGUUAGGGGGUAUGUGACUGGAAGCACAGAUACAUCACUAUGGACAGUCUACAAAAGUGGCGUCCGGAAUUACUGUGGCAAUGCCCUUCCAGAUGGCUUGGUUAAAAACCAGAAGCUGACUGUAAAUAUACUCACUCCAACUACCAAGGCUGCAGAUCAUGAUGUUCCUGUAACUCCUAGUGAGAUAAUUGAGCAAGGGUUAAUGACUCAAGCUGAUUAUGAUGAAGCCAGCAGGAAAGCAUUGAGCUUAUUUGGAUAUGGACAGCGUGUGGCUUUAGAACAUGGCUUGAUAUUAGUAGACACAAAAUAUGAAUUUGGAAGGAGCUCUGAUGGUUCAAUUCUAUUGAUCGAUGAGGUGCAUACACCUGACUCAAGCAGAUACUGGAUCGCCCAUUCUUAUGAAGAACGUUUUCGGAAUGGCCUUGAACCUGAAAAUGUUGAUAAGGAGUUCUUACGGUUGUGGUUCAAGGAUCAUUGUGAUCCAUACAAAGAUGAGGUCCUUCCUGAUGCUCCUGAAGAACUUGUUUGUGAGCUGUCUUGGAGGUAUAUUUUCUUGUACGAGACAAUAACUAAAUCAAAAUUUGAGGUGCCAUUGUUAGAGGACCCUAUACAUGAUCGGAUCUCAAGAAACGUUGAACUAGCAUUAUCAUCCUUGAAGUGAUUCUAGGCCUGAGGCUCCUUAUGCUUCGCUGAUUGAGAUUACAGGGGAAACUGUAUACUCCUUUUUUUGGUGCCAUUUUUAGGCAUUUGAUCUCUGGCUAUGCCAAUUCCCGGAGGUCUUAGGUUUACGGUCUAGGUGUGCAUGAUAGGCCAAAUUGUUAUGUAUCAACUCGCUCAUGUAACAAAUAAUCAGCUGGCCUAUUGUGUGCUUAUACUUAUGGUGCAUUUUCAUUAAAAACAGAAAUAGAUGAUGCUUUGGUUGAAUGAAUUUAUGUAUUUUACUAUCCCAA